GGGGGCUUUCCAAGAAUAAUAUGAGAGAGAAAUAUAAAAUUCCGUAGAUCCGUGAAUUUACCACCGAAUCGAAUCUCUCCGUAAAUCGGACGCCGCUUGAGGGAGCUCAUGUGUGCCGGGGCUGCCUCGGCCAUUUGCAUUCCCAACCUUGACUCCGCGGCCAACCGGACCGCCGCAUUUCCUCUCCCGAGCUGCUUCACUUCGUCUCAUCCUGGCUCUUUUCUCUUCCUUCCUUCUUCUUGAUUUUUUCUCUUCAGAGCUCGAAUCCUCUCCUCUCCUCCCCUCUACUCUCAAUUGAAACCUCUCUGACCGAUAACUACACAUCAAGAUGGCUCUCCCUCUCCGCACCGCCCGCCACGCCUCCAGGCUAGCACAGAUCGUCUCCCGCCGCGGAUAUGCCACCGCCGAACCAGACCUCAAAACCGCCCUCAAGGCCGUCAUCCCCGCCAAGCGGGAGCUUCUGGCCGAGGUGAAGAAGCAGGGCGACGAGGUCAUUGGCGAGGUCAAGGUCUCCAACGUGAUCGGUGGCAUGCGCGGUCUCAAGAGCAUGCUCUGGGAGGGCUCCGUGCUCGACGCCGACGAGGGCAUCCGCUUCCACGGCAAGACCAUCAAGGAUUGCCAAAAGGAGCUCCCCAAGGGCCCCACCGGCACCGAGAUGCUCCCCGAGGCCAUGUUCUGGCUACUCCUGACGGGCCAGGUGCCCUCAACCAGCCAGGUCCGCGCCUUUUCUCGCCAGCUGGCCGAGGAAUCGCACCUCCCCGACCACAUCCUCGACCUCGUCAAGUCGUUCCCGCGCAACAUGCACCCAAUGACCCAAAUCUCGGUUAUCGUCGCCGCCCUCAACACCGAGUCCAAGUUCGCCAAGCUCUAUGAAAAGGGCCUGAACAAGGCCGACUACUGGGAGCCGACCUUUGACGACUCGAUCGCCCUCCUCGCCAAGAUCCCCCGGGUCGCGGCCCUGGUCUUCCGCCCCGACGAAGUCGACCUCGUCGGUAGGCAGCAGCUCGACCCAGCCCAGGACUGGUCCUACAACUUCGCCGAGCUCCUCGGCAAGGGCGGCUCCAAGAACGGCGACUUCCACGACCUCCUCCGCCUCUACCUCGCCCUGCACGGCGACCACGAGGGCGGCAACGUCUCCGCGCACGCUACUCACCUCGUCGGCAGCGCCCUCAGCGACCCCUACCUCAGCUACUCCGCCGGUCUGCUCGGUCUCGCGGGCCCGCUCCAUGGCCUCGCGGCCCAGGAGGUCCUCCGCUGGAUCCUUGCCAUGCAGGACAAAAUCGGCACCAAGUUCACCGACGAGGACGUCCGCACUUAUCUGUGGGAUACCCUCAAGUCCGGCCGUGUCGUCCCCGGCUACGGCCACGGAGUCCUCCGCAAACCCGACCCGCGCUUCCAGGCUCUCAUGGACUUUGCCGCGACGCGGCCAGACGUCCUCGCCAACCCGGUCUUCCAGCUCGUCAAGAAGAACUCUGAAAUCGCCCCCGGUGUCCUCACCGAGCACGGAAAGACAAAGAACCCCCACCCCAACGUCGACGCCGCCUCCGGCGUGCUCUUCCACCACUACGGCUUCCAGCAGCCGCUCUACUACACCGUGACCUUCGGCGUCAGCCGUGCGAUCGGACCGCUCGUGCAAUUGAUCUGGGACCGUGCGCUGGGUCUGCCAAUUGAGCGGCCGAAGAGCAUCAACCUGCUCGGUUUGAAAAAGUAAAAGCCCAUACCAUUUUUUUCCCGCACAUACCAUGUUUUGUUACGUAGCACGCUAUUGUUUUUAGUUCUAGAUAGAUCAUAGAGUCUAUACCCGUGGAGAUAUUGCGUGUAAGCUUUGAAGUGCUGAUUGCGAUAUAAGUACAUCAACCUAUAUACAGCUCGCUCUAAGCCCGGAAUCCACCUUACGUAUACCCUUUAUACAGAUAGGUAAGAG